AUGGGUUGCGGAAAUUCAAAAUCAACACUCGGUGUAGUUGAGACCGUCGAAGAAAAACCAAAACAACAAGCCACUGUCAAUAACACCACUAAUACUACCACUGCUGUCAUGACAGGAACACUUGAACCAGAGGCACCAAAGAAGAAGGAUGGUUUCUGUUACUUCUUUGGUCUUGACAGUCAAACUAAGGAAAACCUCACUGAAGGGAAUAAGGAUAUGAAGGAACUACUUGGAGGAAAAGGUGCUAACUUGUGCGAAAUGUGCAAUUUAGGUAUUAAUGUUCCUCCUGGAUUUACUGUUUCUACAGAAGCCUGUGAACACUUUAGCCAGCUUCAUAACCUUGCUACUUCAGCAGGAGAAGAAGGAGCUGAAAAAAAGAAUCUCACUUUACCAGAAAACAUUCAAACACAAGUCGACGAAUAUCUCAAAAAAUUGGAACAAGCAACUGGAAAGAAAUUUACCGAUUCAUAUGAAAAUGAUACAGAUAAGGUUCUCUUAAUUUCUGUGAGAUCAGGAGCUGCCAUUUCAAUGCCUGGAAUGAUGGACACUAUUCUUAACCUUGGUAUUUGUGACAAGAAUAUUACUCAACUCGUUAAAAACUUUGGUGGAAAUGAAAAAUUCGCUUGGGAUUCAUAUCGUAGUCUCGUUCAAAUGUUCGGUGAAGUUGUCAUGUCAGUCAAGCCAGAACAUUUCGAAGACAAUAUCAAAAAGCAAAAGGAAAAGAGAGGUAUUACUCAUGAUUCUGAAUUGAAUUUGGAAGAAAUUCAACAAAUCGUUCAAGAUCACAAACUUACUAUUUUCGAACAAACUGGAGGUGAAGACUUCCCACAAGAUGUUCGUCAACAAUUGUACAGAGCUAUUAUUGCUGUCUUUAACUCAUGGCACAAUAAGCGUGCUGUGCAAUAUAGAAAGAUUCACAACAUUACUGGUCUUAAGGGAACUGCUGUAAAUAUUCAAUCCAUGGUCUUUGGUAAUGUUGAUGAACGUUCAUGUUCUGGUGUCUGUUUCAGUAGAAAUCCUUCAACAGGUGAAAAUCUAUUCUAUGGUGAAUAUAUGAUUCAAGCACAAGGUGAAGCUAUUGUUGCUGGUCAAAGAACUCCAGAAAAGAUUGAAACCUUGGCUACUAACUUCCCAGAAUGUAACACUAGUUUGAAGGAAAUCAGUACCAAAUUGGAAAAGCACUUUAAGGAUGUCCAAGAUAUGGAAUUCACAAUUGAACAAAAUACUCUCUAUAUGUUGCAAUGCAGAAAUGGUAAAAAGACAAUUCAAGCUUCUCUCAAGAUUUACUGUGACAUGAUAGAUGAAGGUCUUAUCAAUGAAAGAGAAGCCAUCUCAAAGAUUGAUGCUACUCAACUCAACCAAAUGCUCCAUCCAUUCUUGGAUGAUUCUGAAAAGGCUCAUCACGAACCUUUGGCAACUGGUUUACCAGCAAGUCCUGGUGCUGUAGUUGGUAGAAUUGCUUUCACCAGUGAACAAGCCAUUAAAAUGUCUGAAACCAGAAAGGAAGAUGGUGAUGUCAUCUUGGUCAGAGAACAAACAAGCACUGAAGAUUUGGCUGGUAUGCAUGCUUCUCAAGGUUUCUUGACUACUAAUGGUGGUCUUACUUCUCAUGCUGCUGUUGUUUCUCGUCAACAAGGUAAAUGCUGUGUAAGUGGAUGUAGCUUGCUUUAUGUCACUAGUGAAGAAUCUUGUACAAUUAAUGGAACCCUCUUUAAUCAAGGUGAUAUUAUUACUAUUGAUGGUUCAACUGGUAAUGUCUACGGUAAGGCUCUCAAGACAACUAGACCAGGUAUUUCUCAACCUGACUUUGUCAGAAUUAUGGAUAUUGAAAAGAAGUACAGAACUAUGAGUGUCUAUGCUAACGCUGAUACAUCUGUCGAUGCUCAUAAGGCUGUUGAAUUCGGUGCUGAAGGUAUUGGAUUGUGUAGAACUGAGCACAUGUUCUUUGAAAAGACAAGAAUAGUUGACAUGAGAAGAAUGAUUGUUGCCUCCACCACAGAAAAGAGACAAGAAGCUAUUAAUGUUCUCAAAGAUUAUCAACGUUCUGAUUUCCUUUCCCUCUUCCAUGCUAUGGAAGGAAAGAAGGUCACUAUUAGAUUGUUAGAUCCUCCACUUCACGAAUUUUUACCAGAAGAUCCACAAGAAAUUGAAGAAUUGGCUUUGGCUCUUGGUGAAUCUGUUAAGGAUGUUACCCUUACUGUCUCUCAACUCAAGGAAAAGAAUCCAAUGUUGGGUCAUCGUGGUUGUAGAUUGGGUAUUACCUUCCCCGAGAUUACUCAAAUGCAAGUUGAAGCCAUUUUUGAAGCUGCUAUUGAUGCUACUCAUAAGGGCGAAGUUGUUGUUGAUAUUAUGGUUCCAUUAGUUCAAUCUGUUCAAGAACUUGUCAACCAAAAGGAAAUUAUUGAAAAAGUUGCUUCAUCAUUGUUUGCCAAGCAUGAAGACAGAAAAUAUCUCAUUCAUUACAGAGUUGGUUGUAUGAUUGAAACUCCAAGAGCUGUUUUGAUGGCUAAAGAACUUGCUGGUGUUGCUGAUUUCUUCAGUAUUGGAAGUAAUGACUUGACUCAAAUGACCUUUGGUUUCAGUAGAGACGACAGUGGUAAAUUCCUUAAAUAUUAUCUCGAACGUGACUUGAUUGAAAAUGAUCCAUUCGAAGUUUUGGAUACAGAAGGUGUUGGAAAGAUUAUUCAACUCACUGUCCAAACUGGUAGAGAAGCAAAGAAUGGUUUGACUGUUGGUUUGUGCGGUGAACAUGGUGGUGAAUCUCACUCUGUUAAAUUCUUGUACCAAUGCGGUCUUUCAUAUGUCAGUUGUUCACCUUAUAGAAUUCCAAUCGCUAGACUUUCUGCUGCUCAAGAAUCUGUCAAGAAUUGGAGAAAUGUUAUUUGUGUUAAUGGUGGUCCAGGAUCAGGAAAGGGCACACAAUGUGCCAAACUUGUUGAAAAGUAUGGUUUUAUCCAUUAUAGUACAGGUGAUUUGUUGAGAGCUGAAGCUGCUAAGGAUACAGAACAGGGUAGAAUGAUCUCGUCAUACAUUAAGGAAGGUAAGAUUGUGCCUGGUGCUGUUACUCUUGGUUUGUUAAGAAAUGCUAUUUUGAACCAUCCUAAAAAGGAUGCUACGUUCUUGAUCGAUGGCUUCCCAAGAGAAAUGCAACAAGCUGUUGACUUUGAAGCUCAUGUCUGUAAAUUCAAGUUUGUCCUCUUCUUUGAUUGUCCAGAAGAAAUUUUGGAACAAAGAUUGUUAGAAAGAGGUAAGACGAGUGGUAGAUCUGAUGACAAUGCCGAAAGUAUUAAGAAGAGAUUCAAGACCUAUAGCGACCAAACAAUGCCAGUUAUUGGAUACUUUAAGAAGACUGAUAGAGUCAAGACAAUUGAUAGUUCAAAGACACAAGAAGAAGUGUUUGCUGAAGUAUGCAAAUUAUUUGAUUAAAUGUAAAUAAAUAUAUAAAUAUUCUAAUUUCC